CAUAUCAUGACCACGUCAUCAAAAAGAGUACAGUUUGACGAGAUGGAAGACGAGCUCCUUGGAAAGGAAGGAGUGGAUGAAGGCGUAAAGAAAAAGUUUAAAAACUCCUUAGACAGUGAUGAGGAGGAUGAUGAAGUUGAAGACAAAAAGUACAACUUGCUUAACCCAGAUGAUGUGGAAGGGCAAGAAGACAAAACAAUCGAGUAUGAUGGGAACAUCAAAAUCACUCCGUUCAAUAUGGAAGAUGAAAUGGAGGACGGUCAUUUUGACAAAGAUGGAAUGUUCAUCUUCAAUAGAGACAAACCAGAGAUACGUGAUAAUUGGCUCGACAACAUUGACUGGGUCAAGGUGCGACCGACAAAGCAAGUUGUAGAGGACAGCAGGGGCACGGAAGAUUCUGAAGACGAGGAGCGUGUGGACGCAUUGGCACUUUACGGAGACAUGCUGGAGAUCAUGCAGCCUGGCGAGACUGUGCUGUCGUGCAUCAAACGCCUGGGUGGUGGCAAGCGGGACUCAACAAUAAACCGCUGGAAGAAAAAGAAGCAGGAGGCUACUGAGCCAGACAGCACUAAGGAUGUGGCACCUAAGGAGACCCUUCUGCGGAUGACAGAGUUAGCCGACCGGCUGGUGUCAACUGGUGACAUGGACAUCUACCAGCAGACAUACGAGCGGCUCAAGUUCUUGCGAGAACACAAACAACAGGCCAAAGAGGCCAAGGCAGCCACUACAGCUGUAGAGGGGUCUUCCUUUGACAUGUUUGCAGAUGAUGCCGACAGCACUAAAGCUACUGAGCCAUCACCCGCCCAAGAUGAGAAAGCAGCAGCUGAGAGCAAGAGUGAAGACGCAGAACCAGUGAGCUCAUCAGUAGCAGAGGACGAAGUGAUGUGGGAGUUCAAGUGGGAGGAAUCUGAUGACGCACCAGUGUAUGGGCUGCACACGUCGGCACAGAUGCUGCAGUGGGUGCAGGAGGGAUACUUUCAAGACGGUGUCUGGGUCAGGAAAGCGCACGAAACAGAUCGUCCAUUUUACAGCUCAAGGCGGAUAGACUUUGAGCUCUAUGUUUGAAGCGCUGUUUUAUGGAGCAGUGCAUUGAUGGACACUGAAUGCAGUGCAUGUCCUCUGCUGUUGGUUUUAAAUGUUGCAGUUGAACAAAUAUAGUCAACAUAUCUAGUUUGCAGGUUGAAAAUAUGGCCUGUAUUAUAAGAGGCUUGCUAUGUUCAUUAUAGAAUCACAACACUGCAACAUCCUGGAAAUGUGUGCUUCUGCAGACAUCUACGUGUUGAAGAAUCCAAAGUUCCAUGCAGCAAUUUUUUUUUUACUUCUCUUUAGCACUGUUGUUUGUUAAUGUAGCCAAGUACUAUCUUGGCAUGAAGCGAUUGUUGGAGCACAAUGGAGAAACGUAUUUCGCUCAUUCUCACUGUUUGGUGUAUGCUGCACAUUUUUCACUAUUCUCCCAAAGUUUGCAAUAUACUAUCACCGUUGCACUUGCUUUGACAGUGGCAGUUCUGUGAGAAAAAGCUGGAAUGAAAGCAAGGAAGCGUAGGCCCUGUAGUUACUCCAUCACUUCAAUAGUACGUCUAUUUUAACACAUAACCAACAGAUGAACACAUAUAAGACAUACCAUAUUUACACAAUUGCAAAUAAACUCAAAUAUAAAUCAACCUCCUUGAAAUUGCAGGGUGGCUUCAUGGCAGUGUUUGAAAGCUGUGCAGAAAAGCGAGCUUUGCAAAAAUGGCGCAUAGAUUGUUUUUAGAAUGACUUAACAAUCGAAACUAGUUUUUGAUUCCAGGUCGACCUCCCAACUUCGGAUUUCAAAUUAAGGCAAGAUGUGCCGACCUACAAUUGUGUAAAUACGGUACAUUGCUGCUAUGACUCACCUUAAGUAUUCAUCUGUCGUUUAUGUGCCGUUUUAAAUGAAAGUGAAUAACCGUCUAGUCAAAAUUAUGGCCCUUGUAAAGUUCUUGCAUAUUCUAAAGAAAAGUUGUCUGCAUAUGCAAUAAUCUAUUAAUAUCUUUUUGCACGCAUUUCUGACCGUCCGAAUUGCUAUCUUAUGCAGUAGCACAUGAAUUGGUGUUGAAGUUGGCACAUAUAUGGAGCAUUACUGAUCCCAUGUUCUCUUUUGGUUUUGCAACUACUGAUGUUGUUUGUCUUUAAUAUCAUGUUUCAGCAACAUUUAGGGCUGCCAUUCGAUUGGGUUGAUGGUAAAUGUCCGAAGUUCGUAGUUUGUGUUUGGUGUACUCUGUGGCACUUCAAUGAUUAUAGCAAAAUAUCUUGUAGAGUGCAUUUGUUUGCGACUUUUAUAUAAGCUGUUGCCAGUUGGGUGUUAUCGAAGCUAAUGCCCUUACAAUGUCCUAUAAUUUUAUGUGGUAUUGUGCCAAUCGAUAAAAAAAUGGCUGGUGUGAUCUUUUUUUCCUCUGCUUUCAAAUUUUGUUAUAUAAUGUCAGUGUGUCAUAACAUUUUGUAAUGCACUGUGAAAGAACACACUUUAUGAAAAGCAUUCUCUCAGACUAAAAAAGGAGAGAAGCACCUCGGAGGUAGCAGUACGUGCGUCUGUGGAGCGGUGUGGGCUUUUAAAUAGAUUUGCUUAAGUGCUUAAGUUCGUAAAAAUUUGUGCUAAUCAAUGUGUCAUGUCCCAGUGGCGCUGGUGGAUGCAAAUAAAAGCAGUGCACAUCCUGGA